CUUCUGUGGAACACACACAUAGAUUUUUCGAAAAAAUAAUUCAUUUCUGUGAGUCCACACAAAAUGAACUUGACUUUAAAGAAAUAGUUUACCAAAGAUGAAAAAUAGUUUACUGAAGAUUUACUCUCCAUCAGGCUAUCUGAGAUGUAGAUGAGUUGGUUCUUUCUGAACAGAUUUGGAGAAAUGUAACUUUAAAUCACUUGAUCACUAGUGGAUCCUCUGCAGUGAAUGGGUGCCAUCAGAAUGAGAGUCCAAACAUCUGAUUUAAAAAAAAUCCACAAGUAACCCACAUUACUCCAGUUGAUCAGUUAAUGUCUUGUGAUGCAAAAAGCUGUCUGUAAUAAACAAAUUCAUCAAGAUUAACUUUAAACUGGCUAAAAUUGUUUCCGGCUAAAAUACAAGCCCAUAGUAAUGCUUUCUCCAGUGAAAAAAUGUCUUGUCUGAAAGAAAAGAAAAAUAUGCACAUAUUACAAGUGAAAACAGUCCAAAGCCAUUCUAAACAAAUAUUUCUGUAGAUGUUAAUGUGAGAGGACAACGGGGGACUUUUUCACUGAAGGAAGGAUUAUUAUGGAUUAUAGAGUUUUUUUUGUUUAUUUGUUUUUUUGCUCAGAAAGCAGCAGUUUGAAGUUAAAACAUCUUGAAGGAACACUUUUUGCAAACACACAGCUUUGUUCUUUUUAUUAUUAUUAUUAUUAUUAUUAUUAUUAUUGGGUUAUUAUUUUAUGGGCAGCCAUAGACUCGAGAAGGGAAAAAAAGAAAAUGACGACGAAGAAGAGAUACAUUAGGUGCUUGGCCCCUAAUAAUAACAAUACAAAAAAAAAAAAAAAACUGAUCUUAGCUGAUCACAUGCCUGGUUAUUAAUUUUGUAAACGCAUAUCAAAGUAUGUUAACCCGGGUUUACCGUGUACAGUGUGAAAUUACAAAACCUCGCUAUCCAGGAUUAAUUACGUCCCCAAGUAAGAAUAUUAUUGUGAAACAUAGAACAAGAUAAGCAAAGGUUAUUUUAUACCAGGGUUAAAAUGACACUAGGCAUUAAGCAUGAAAAGCUGAGAGAAGGGUCAUACUCUAUUCCCGUUCUCCCUCUUUAUGGCGCAAAGCCAAAUCCUAUUGUUGACUAGUGUCAACAGGAAAUAAAUCUCUAUUGGAGAAUACCUGGCCAAUGUCAUUUCCUCUUCCUUUAAAAGGAAUUUCCUGGAAACUUUCACUCGUUUUGUUGAAGUACUCGCUCAAAGUAAAAGUGAAGGAGAGGAGAGAACAAGAGAAGCUUGUUUGAUUUGAGCAGCGGUUAGACCUUUGAGCCCCCAGACUGUAAACCACCCCUCUAGCAGUUUAACCAGCGAAGGAGCGAAAGAGAGAGAGAGAGGGACAUCAGACUGGGAGAUUUUCCUGUGACUGUAGAGGCGACUGUUGCAAAAAAGGCAGGGAUGAGUGAUGUCACAGAGCUGCAGUUUGAGCGUUUGACUCGGGAAUUGGAGGUGGAGCGACAGAUUGUGGCCAAUCAGCUGGAACGAUGCCGACUGAGUUCAGAAUCCCCAGGAGCUGCUAGUGGCGGUUCCUCUGAGAUGUCUCUUCCCUGGAGAUCUGCAGUCUCAGGGUCGGUGGGGAACUCUCACAGUUCUACCCAGAUGAACUCUUACUCUGAUAGUGGUUAUCAGGAUGCUGUCAGCUUCUACAGCAGUCAGGCACAGGGCGAGUGUCAGCAGAGACUUCAAAACUCAUUACCUGCUUCAGGAGGAAGCGCCACGCUGCAGAGGAUCUCCAGGGCAGAGGGCCAGGCUGCAGGACACCACCGAACACCUGAGCUUCAGGUGUCGGGAAUGAUGGAUGGGGCUAAACCAGGUCGUGCUAUGCGCCGAGUUGGUUCAAUGCCUGCUCGUGCUCAGUCGCUGUACGGAAGCAGCAUCUCUCCGUCUCGAGGGUCUCUUCGGGCCACUGGAAGCUCCUAUGGGUUGCCAAUUACGACUGAAUCUAAACCUCUAUCCUCCAUUUUCACAAGCACCAACCUGUCUGCAGUCCCACAGAAGACCUCUCCUGCUGCCCUGCGCAGAAUAGGUUCCUCCCGCUCGAGUGGUGCCAGCCGCACCACAUUACCCUAUUCUGGAGGUGUAGGCUCUGCGAGAGAAGACGAGCAGCUCGGGGCGGGGUCACCAGCCAGGCCGGGGAUGACCGCAGUACCACAGCAUUAUGGGUCGAUGAUGUCAAGAACGUUUCUGCAUGACGUAUCUAAUCCAUACAUUACACACAGCUAUGAGAUCUACGAGCGGAUAGACCCGCGACCAGACAGCUUAACAGGUGUGCGAGCAUCUUACACUAGUCAACACAGUCAGAUAGGUGCUGAUCUGAGGUCAGCCACUUCCCCUGACCACCAUAUAGGACCUAUUUAUGAAGGCCGAACUUUCCAGGGACCCCUCUACCACAGCCUCAGCCAGACCGCUUCAGACCUGAACCACAGCCCACAGAGUGCACUCUACAGGUCGCCUUUUGGUAUGAGUAACCUGCAGCGGAGCUCCAGUCAGCGCAGUAACAUGAUGUACCAAAGAAAUAACUAUGCUUUAAACACCAUGUACACAGAAGCAUACCAAUCCACCCCUUACUGGUCCCCUGAUCCCAGCUAUUCACGCCAGCCCAUGGAUGAUGAUGCCACACGCUCCCCUUCGGUAGACAGCAUGCAGAAGGAUCCAAGAGAGUUUGCAUGGCGUGACCCAGACCUGCCGGAAGUCAUCCACAUGCUACAGCAUCAGUUUCCGUCUGUGCAGGCUAAUGCAGCGGCAUACCUGCAACACCUGUGCUACAGAGACAACCACGUCAAGACUGAGGUGUGUCGUCUGAGUGGAAUAAAACACCUGGUGGAUUUGUUGGAUCAUAAAGUUCUGGAGGUGCAGCGGCAUGCAUGUGGAGCCCUGAGGAACCUCGUUUAUGGCAGAGCUACAGAUGACAACAAGAUUGCCGUGAGAAACGCAGGUGGAGUUCCUGCACUGCUUCGCCUGCUGAGAACAACAGUGGACACUGAAGUACGAGAGCUUGUCACAGGUGUGUUGUGGAAUCUGUCUUCGUGUGAUGCAGUUAAGAUGACAAUCAUUCGUGAUGCCUUAAGCAGCGUGACCAACACUGUGAUCAUCCCUCACUCGGGCUGGAGCAGCACUGACUUUCACGAUGAGCACAAACUCAAGCUGCACUCCUCUGUUGUGCUGCGCAACACCACCGGCUGUCUGAGGAACCUGAGUUCAGCUGGAGAAGAAGCCAGAAAAUAUAUGCGCUCCUGCGAGGGACUCGUGGACUCGCUACUGUACGUCAUCAAAACCUGUGUCAGCACCUCCGAUUUUGACAGCAAGAUUGUGGAAAACUGUAUUUGCAUCCUGCGGAAUCUCUCCUAUCGGCUGGAGCUGGAAAUGUCACCCUCCUGGCUGACAGCCAAUCAGGAGCUUGAUGAGUUAAUGGGGUCACCCAGAAAAGAGGCGGAUUACAGCUGCUGGGGGAGGAAGAGGAGAAAAAAUAAUAAUUUACUCGAAGAACAGUGGGAUGGUGUUGGGCCGAUCCCUGGUUUCUCAAAGUCUCCUAAAGGUGCUGAAAUGUUGUGGCACCCAUCUGUAGUGAAGCCCUAUCUUACCCUGUUAGCUGAGAGCUCAAACCCAGCCACACUAGAGGGCUCUGCCGGGUCACUCCAGAAUCUCUCCGCAGGAAACUGGAAGUUUGCAGCGUAUAUUCGCGCAGCGGUCCGUAAGGAGAAAGGUUUGCCCAUUCUGGUGGAGUUACUGCGCAUGGAUAACGACAGAGUGGUGUGCUCCAUUGCCACAGCACUCAGAAACAUGGCCCUGGAUGUGAGAAAUAAAGAACUGAUCGGGAAAUAUGCCAUGCGGGACCUGGUGAACCGUUUGCCGGGGGGAAACACUACACAGCUGUCAGAUGAUACAGUGGCAGCAAUCUGUUGCACGCUGCAUGAGGUCACCAGAAGAAACAUGGAGAAUGCUAAAGCCCUGGCAGAUGCGGGUGGCAUUGAAAAACUCGUCAACAUCACCAAGGGCAGAGGAGAAAGCAGAUACUCUAUGAAGGUGGUGAAGGCGGCCGCUCAGGUGUUGAACAUGCUGUGGCAGUACAGAGACCUGCGCACCAUCUAUAAGAAGGAUGGCUGGAAUCAGAAUCACUUCUUGACUCCUGUAUCAACUUUGGAGAGAGAGCGCUUCAAAUCACAACCCACUCUACCAUCAACCACGUUACAGACGUCCCCUGUGCUCCACACAGCAGGAAGCACAUUAACAUCUGCCACCAUGCUGGGCAUCAAAGAACACUCUGAUCAUCCGAAGACACAAACUAUGCAAUUUUAUAAUUACCAAGGAGAAAAUGGCAUCAGUAAAAACAAAACUAUAGGGUCUGCAAAAGCAUCUAAGUAUUACACUGGGCCAUACACUUCCCUGAGCAGAGAGGGGUCGAGACGAGAACAGAUGAUGUAUCGCACCGAUGAAACAGGUCACAGAAACCAUGACACUUGCCGCACAUACCUGCAUUCACCACAUGCCUACGAGGACUCAUAUCUGGAAAAGAUGGUGCACUAUUCUCCCACUGAUUACAGCCAGACACACAGCUUCAGAACCACAAGCAACUAUGUGGACUUUUACUCUUCCACCAGGACCCCGUUACACCACAGUGAACAUUACCAAGGAUCCCCCGAUUCAUGGGUAUAGAGCCCUGGCUUACAGGCUGCACUAUCUCUAACACAGAAAUGCAUGUGGGAACACAUUGUUUUUAAAGAGAUGUGAGGAGUAGAUGCAAAGCAUAUGAAUGUGAUUGAGAUUGUCUAGCAGAAUGUUGGUUUAAUGGCAAUAAGAAAUGAAUCAUGAACUCUGAAUGUACGGGACUGGAGAGAUGUUGCAGACCAGGGGUGCAAAAAAACUGCAGUCCUGCAGAGCUGAGUUGCUACCCUGCUUCAACACACACCAUAUAGUUUUCAAAUAAGCCUAAGGGAUUUGAUUAGCUGGAUCAGGUGCCUUUAAUUAGGGUUGAAGCUGAACUCUGCAGGACUGCGGCCCUCCAGAAACUGAGCUUUGCACCCCUGGUGACUCUGAGGAAUAAGAGAAAUUCUUAAAACUUGGGGCACCUGACCAUGAACUUCAGUUUGUCAAAACAAUAAAUAAAUGAAUAAGGAUUAAAUGUAUAUGAAGGAUUUCAGAGGGAACAUUGUACAUGUUGUUGAGAUUGUUAAUGCUAUGGAAUGUUGUACAUAUCGUUCAUUUAUUUUUAGACUGAAUGAAAAUAGCUGCCACAUGGUUUAUGCUUUACUACACUGGUAAAAACUCCUGUCAUGUUAAACCUUGCAGACCUAAGUGAAUAAACAUUACAUCAGUUCUAAAUUAAUAAAAAAAAAAAAAAAAAAAAUGUCUUCUUUUUUUUAAUGGUGUUGUGAAAUGACACUGGCCACCCCAUCACCCCAUUUUGUUUGUUGUUUUGGCUUUGCGCAAUCCCGAAGAGAGAGCCUUACCACAAUUGAGACUUAAAAUAAGAAAAUAAAUUCACCAGUACAAGGUAACAGCUGGUCUCA